GCAGUAGUGAGUGGAAUAGCAGGAAGUGGAAAAGAAAAAAGAUAGCCAAUACGGCACUGCACAGUGUGUUGUGGAUCAUCAUAUAUUAGGGCGCUAUUCGCAAGAGGGUAACCCUUUCUUCCAUUCCUUCGCUAUGUGCGUGUGCUUUGAUGCGUUACCAUCACUGCCAACAAAUGGGGAGGGGCAAAGUUUAGGACUUCGACGAAUCUCUAUCGAUAUACUACUCACCAAGCUUCCCAGGCAUUUUUUUAAAUUUGAAAUGGAAGAAAAACCCAGAUCAUACAAUCCGUGUGAUACGUGGUGCUCAUCGUCACCGUGUAUGCAUUUUGAACAAGUGGCAGCAACUGUGGGUCUGGGGAUUGAUGACUUUACUGAUAAAACCUAUGAGGGGAAGGGAACCAACCACUACUCUUCGAAGACAGCAUUCGGUUCUCUUCUUUGGGGCCACAUGAAAUUGUGGGAAACACACAAUCGGCGAGGGAAAAGUUUCCUGGUUCUCUAGUGGACAGAGACGGUCAUCAUUAGCAUAAGCAGCACUAUCCAAGUUAGGCUGUUGGAGAGAUGAUGUUUAUAGCUGUGCUAUUUUUGUUGGAGGUUAUUCACAUUUGAUUGCAUUGAAUCUGAAAGUCAUUCAAUCUGCAAGAAGCAUCUUUAAAAGUCUGUUGCUGUGAUUAAGAACACCAGUGCGCAAGAAUCUUGGCAAAUUCAGCUAGGAAAUCCUUGGGUUGUCUCAGACUUGAUGGGUGAUGAGGAUGGAUUUAUAUAGCUUUUUGGCUUCCACUUGAUAACAGGUUACAGUAUGUGAUAUCUGUGGGGAUGUAGGGCGGGAAAACUUCCUUGCUAUUUGUAAGAAGUGUAAAGAUGGUGCAGAACACAUUUAUUGUAUGCAUGAUAAGCUGGACAAAGUUCCUGAAGGUGACUGGAUGUGUGAAGAGUGCAUGGUGAAGUCACAAUGCCAAACUUCUGAAAUUCCAGUAAAUCUUGAAUCUGGGGGUAGUUCAAAUUUAAAUUUUAAAUCUCCCCCUGCGUGGAAAAGGCAAACAGAAGGUGUAAGUUCUACAUCUCAUUCAUCAGCUGAGAGACACAGUGUCCCUUCAGAAGUUCAGUCUGUGAAAAAAGACAGGUUUAUCAGAAUGAGUGCUGAACCCCCUGUGCCAUGCAAACCCUGCUACAACACUCUACAGCGAAGGGAGUUCUCAAGAAAGAAUUUGAAAAAUGAAAAGGAAAAAGCAACCAAAAAUAUUACUUCUAAGCUCCAAAUUUCUUGCAAUUCCCAAGAGAAGGCGAAGGUUCCACAUGCUUGUGGUGAUAAGAGAAGUGCACGCACCUCAGAAAUUGAGUUAGCUAAUAAAAGAAUGGCUCUUGAAACAAGAGCCACAUUCCCCAAAGCAUCCGAACCAACCAGCCAAAAUUUACUAAGUAAGGAGCCUCCAUUCAAAAAGUUAGAGGCUGCGUCUAGUGUGCAUUCUGUGAAGCAAUCUUCCUACGGCUCUCAGGGAAAACCGAAGUUACCCUCUCGUUUAGGAAAUGCAUCACCAACAUUGGGCUCACAAACUGCGACAGAAACUGAUAAAUGCUCUUUGUUGAAGUCAGGAUCAUCCAAAACUGCAGAUAUAAAAUUUAAAGAACAGCUGGCAAAGGUUGGUUAUUUGGAAAAGCAGAGCGUUGAGCAAAAUAUAGCUAUUCAUGAUAUUAGAGAAGAAAAAAAUCUUGGAUUGGUGCCCAAACCUGUGUCAUUGAAUAGUGCUAGAUCAGCAAAAUUAAAUGGCACUGGUUCUGAAGUUAUCUUACCAAAUGCUAAUCGCUCUAUGGUAUUGAAGAAUUCAAGCUCUGCAGAAGAAACAAAGGCGUCUAAAGGGAAAUAUGUAUCUGCGUCACAUAAUCCUGCGAUGUGCUUACUAGCUUCUGAAUCUGGUGUUGCAGCUGCAAAAUGUGUGAACAAAACUAUUUCUUGUAAUGAAACUUUCAUUUCAGGAUCCAACUGUUGUAGACUUGAUGCUGUUCAAAGCUGUGGGCAGCUAGGUUGUCCAAUACAACCAAACAGUAACAAAACUCAUAAAGACCUAAACUGUCUAAAUGAAGAGACUAAAAAUAAGAGCUUGCAAGCUGAGGGGCCCAUUGAAGCUGCUACAGCUAUGAAAUUACAUGAAUUAGGCUCCCAGUUUGAAGCGGCAACUCUUUCUAAUGACUUUUUCGUCCCAAUUCCUGAUUGCAUAUGGCAAGGCAAAUUUCAGAUUCACAGAGUUGAGGGUAUUGCAUGUACUUGUGUGGAGAUACAAGCUCAUUUGUCAAUUUAUGCAUCGCAGAAAGUUGUUCAAGUAGUUGAUAGACUUCCUGAUAUUAUUGUACUAGAGGAACUACCUCGCAGGAAGAUGUGGCCAUCGCAAUUUAUGGAAAGUCAAGCAACAGAAGAAAAUAUUGCUCUAUAUUUUUUUGCAAACGACCUUUAUAGCUGUGGAACAUAUUAUAGAAGAUUGAUAGAAUACAUGAGCAAGAAUGAUUUGGCUCUCAAAGGAAAUCUGGAUGGGGUCGAACUUCUAAUUUUUUCGUCCAAUGUUCUGCCUGAGAAAUCCGAGAGCCGCAAUACACCGUUAUUCUUAUGGGGUGUAUUUGGAGAAUGCAAGAUUGGUAACUCAGUAAACACAACAGUGUCAAAUUCUCAAAAGCAAGAAAAUAGAGAUAUUGGCAGUUGGGCAUUGGAUGUCAAUGUUGUUCCUGAAGAUGGAAGCGGCAUCGUUAGAGUUCAUGAAAUCGACCAAGAGAAAACAUUUGAUGGAAAAGAGAAGACAUCAAAGUUUGUUAUUGAUCUUAAUCUUUCACCGCUGCCUGAAAGUGCAACGCCAGAAGAUGGCCCUCUACUGUCUGUUGGAAAUGAGGGCGUCAAUCCAAACAAAGAUUUCAAAGACAGUAACAGUGCUGACAAUGUUGAGCUGCACGGCAAUCCUCCAAUGGGCGCGAAAAAUAAGUCCAAUAAUGAUAAACCCUCUACACCGCCCUCUCUUUCACUUGUGGAAAAUCUGGAACUGCUCCAUUGGCAAGCCGUGUUAAUUUUGUUUACUCUCUCCAAGGGAUUAAGAAAGCCUUAGGCUUUGAAUGGCGCCAUGUCAAUAACUCUUAAAUACAAUUAUCCCUUUAUGCUCACUGGGUCACAGUGAUAUUUAUUAUUUCCAGUUGUCCAUGCUCCACAAAACAUUAGACUCUCGAAUGGAGCUUGGCUUGUUCGUGUUUCCUGUUUGUUUCCCGUGAUUUCCCAUAUUUCAGUUGGUUGUCUUUUU